AUGCCGCGGCGAAUUCUGCUCGCCGCCGCCGCUACUCUGAUCAUCGUCGUCAUCACCGAGAUCCGGUCAUCGUCGUCGGAAGAAGGAACCGGGAGCCCACUUCUGCCGUCGCCCACAACCUUCGGAGAAGGAAGAAGAGGGGAGGAGAAAAGAGCCGUCGGGCUGAGUUUUCUACCCGCCGGACGAGUUGAAAUCCAGUCUCCGACGUGGAUCGCACGAGCCACGGCGCUCGUCGAACAUGUCAUCUAUUUGCUUAGCCAUGGAACCCACUAUUAUUGA